GUUUCGUUGGACACAGCUUCCUGUUCCAAUACGAUGCUUGUUUGGAGUGAUACAUGGCCUGAUGCUGUAACUUAUUAAAUUGACACCCUGCUCGCUACAGAUGUUACCAAAAUGAAUUACAUGCCAGGAACUGCUAGUUUAAUCGAAGACAUCGAUAAAAAACAUCUCGUCCUGCUUCGUGAUGGAAGGACGUUAAUAGGCAUCCUCAGGAGCAUAGACCAGUUUGCGAAUUUGGUAUUGCAUCAAACUGUGGAACGCAUUCAUGUUGGAAAGAAGUUUGGAGACAUCCCCAGAGGUAUAUUUGUAGUCCGGGGAGAGAAUGUCGUUCUUCUUGGCGAAGUGGACUUGGACAAGGAGUGUGACCAGAUCCUUCAGCGUGUAUCCAUUGAGGAGAUCCUGGAGGAGCAGAGGAUAGAGCAACAGGCAAAACAGGAGUCAGAGCGGCUCAAACUACAAGCUGUCAAGGAGAGAGGCCUGUCUAUGCCUAAAGCAGAUGCCUUGGACGAUUUUUGAUUUUGUUUUUAUUAUUUUACUUAAUUUUAUUUUGAUGUUAAGUCUCUCCAUGUAUCGCAAAUACUACACAACGGUUCUGUUGCGAUUCAGUCGCACAUUGUUGUAGGUUUUUUUUUUCUUCUUCUUUCUAUCUUUUAGUUGCAAUGCGUUGUUGAGGACUUGUCGUUUGACCAACCAUGGUGGGGUAUUGGCUGAUUGUUCCAUCAAAGAUCUUGACAGGUACAGUCAGACAAGACUAUCACUACAUUUGAGGUCUUUAUUUGUGUAGGCUUUUUAUUUGGUUUGAGCAUAUACAGAAAGAACAGCAAAGUAUUCCCUCCAUGUAAAUGUUCAUAUUCAACAAAGAGAGCACUUAUCCUUUUUGAUAGUCUUUGGUGUAAACAAAGCUAUUGGUCAUUUGUUUUAUUUGUAUCGAUAGAUCUAUCAUCUUCUUUUGAGGGGUGGGCGGGCAGAUGAGUUGGUUUUUGCCUGACACUAUAACCUCCCCCCCCCACAGUCUGUGGGCAAACUUAAGAGCACUUGGUGAAGCUGAUUUCAAAAAUGAUUGUGAAGUUAAGGUAUAAAAAAUAUUCCUGUGUUGAUUAUGUUGAAAGACUAUCUUGGCAUUUUUUUGUUUCAGUAUCAUGUUGAAAGAAAAUGGUGAAACCAACCAUGACAAUUUUGUGAAUUAAACCUCUUUUGUAUUAGCAAAA